AUGGACGUCUUGGAACAAGGCCUAAACCGCCCUUACCAACUAGUAUAUUACAAGAAAAAUCACGAAAUUUUCUUCAGUAAUAAUGUCGGCAACUUCACUGAAGAUAAAUUUGAAAUCCGUCGAUUACACGUGGCUGUUGGUUCUAAUAUUACAAAUGUCAAGGUCGAUAAUGUAGAAAAUGGAUUCGCAGUAGCAAUAGACAAUGAAAACGACGCAGUUUACUUCGGUGGCAGCGACGGCGUUCACAAAUAUGACCUAAAAGAAGACAAGCUUGAGAAAAUAAUAAACAAUCACGACAUUUGGGACAUGUUCUUUAAGAAACAUUUGUAUUUUAUAACUUAUCCUGGUCAACGGCUGUACAAAUACUCGGAUUUCAAAAGAAAACAUUCUAAAGGACUUGAGUGGAAGGACGUUCAUGAAAAAUUUAUUCACGAACGGAUAUAUCAAUUCGCGAUAGAUAAAGACGAUGACGUGUUCAUUACGAAUGACACUGGUCUUUUUAUGAUUAAAAAUGGUACAGAGCACAGAAGGCAUAUAACCGGUGAGACGGUGUUCCGAUGCAUAGAACUGAACAAUGAAGGCGAAGCGCAUUUUUGCGGGAAGAACGCAAUUUUCGUAGUUCAUAAAGAAACCCAUACUUUAAAUGAAAUCGUGUAUGUGAAAAACAUAUUCGGUCUUACAUUUGACAAUGCCGGCCAUAUUAUUUACUCUAAUCCGACUAAAAUAGUUAAAUUAACGCCGUCUUUGUGCAAAAUCCUUAAUGGAAUUGUAAUGUACGAACCUCUGCCGUUGCCUAAAGUUCUUCCAAAACCUGCUAAGACAUAA